AUGCACAAGAUCUAUGAGAACUCAGUCGCCUCGGUCAAGGAGGCGCCGCUCAUCGUAGCUCUCAUCGAAGGAUCGCAAGGCGGCUGGUGCCAGCAGUUUGCAGAGGAAGGAUAUACAACCAUCCAUGUCUCUUAUCCAGGUACAUCUACAAGCGAUCUGGCCUCAUCGCUGAACGCAGCCGGAGGAUAUGUGAAACAGAGCAGCCGCUUAUGGGCGAUCGUGACUUACGGUCUGCUCGCGGAUGGCAUUCUCUCCCUUGCUAGACUGGUCAGCGCUGCUGGGGAAGAACGCUUGCGCGCCUGCGUCCACUAUGCGCCUCUUACAGAAGAUCCCGCGGGUUUGCUAGUCAGACGAGACGAAGGGCAAUCCAUUCAAACCCUUAUACACCUAUCCUCGUCGCAAGAGGCUAUACAGGCUACUCUACAGGAACUCUUAGUGUCAAAUGCGCUCCCAGCACCGCGCACAACGGCAGAGCAUUCCCCGCUUUCGUUCUUCACCUACCCGCUUGUGCCCGCUUCACCACCAUUCCCUUUCGCUGCGAAAGCUCCCGCUCUUGUGGUGGCCGGUGAGAGCAGUCAUAUCGAUCCGUACAUCCGGUCAGCGACCAGCUUGGCAUACAGCCGCACGCUUGAUCUCUUGCGGCGUCAGCUCGGGCCACAUUUUGAUCUGGAGCGACUGUGGGAGAAACACACUUACUACGAGUUUGUCGAGCGGAAUGCACCAAAGACUAUGAGCACGAUGGUGAAGGUACCGUAUGUCAAUCACGUUGCCACCUUGACUGGGGGUGUUGGCUAUGAGGACCUUGCCCGAUUUUACAAGUACCAUUUCACAACGGAAACGGUCACGCCGCCGGACACAGAGCUCAUCACAGUCUCCCGAACAGUCGGAGCCGAUAGAAUCAUUGAUGAGAUGAUAUUCAAAUGCACACAUACGACGGAAAUCGACUACUUCUUACCGGGCAUCAAGCCGACAUGGAAGCCACUCGAGCUCGCGGUCGUCGGCGUCGUCGCGUUUCGAGGUGACAAGCUGACCUUUGAGCAUAUAUACUGGGACCAGGCCUCCGCCCUUGUACAGCUCGGCCUGCUCGAUCCUGAGAAAGUUCCCGCCGUUGCAGGAGCCGAAGUCGCACAGAAGGUGCUCGAUCCGUUCGGGUACCCUUCGAAUAAGUUGAUGCAGCGCUGGAAGGAGAGUGAGGGAUUGAAUAUUGAGUGA